AGGUUUUGGUGUAGAUUUUUAGGUAUGAGUCAAUUUGUGAUGCGCGGUCUCCGCCUUUCGAAGGUAGUGACGGCCAGAUCAGAGCUGAAGCUACUUCCGGCCCUGACUUCCAUUUCGAAUCAGCGCUUUUAUUCCAAGCAUGAAAUUCCAGAGCACCUUAGGGAUAUGCCCGAGCAAUCCAAGCCAUCCUUCUUUGAGAUGGUGGAAUAUUUUUUCCAUAAGGGAUGGCAAACCGUAGAGGAAAAACUUGUCGACAAAAUGCCCGGCAAGAAAAACCGAAAGACAAAUUUGAGAAAGUUUCGGGACUCCUGAAUAUUAUGAGACCGUGUCAUCACAUCAUAGAAAUUAAUUUCCCGAUCAAGCGAGACGAUGGCAAAUACGAAAUGAUCCAAGGAUUCAGAGCUCAGCAUAGCCAGCAUCGAACACCCUGUAAAGGAGGUAUUAGGUAUUCGAUGGACGUGUGUGCCGACGAAGUCAAGGCUUUGUCUGCCCUCAUGACUUUCAAAUGCGCCGUCGUGGAUGUCCCCUUUGGUGGCGCGAAAGCCGGUAUUCGAAUCAACCCGAAGAACUACUCCGAAGAGGAACUCGAGCGGAUAACCAGACGAUUCACGCUGGAACUCGCAAAGAAAGGUUUCAUUGGACCCGGCAUCGAUGUUCCCGCCCCGGACAUGGGUACAGGUGAGCGAGAAAUGUCCUGGAUCGCUGAUACAUACGCAAAUACCGUUGGACACUUGGACAUCAACGCCCAUGCUUGCGUCACCGGAAAGCCCAUUAACCAAGGCGGGAUUCACGGGAGAAUUUCAGCAACCGGACGAGGUGUGUUCCACGGGCUUGAAAACUUCAUCAUGGAAGCAUCAUACAUGGGCAUGAUUGGUACGACUCCCGGAUGGGGAGAGAAGACCUUCAUUCUCCAAGGAUUUGGAAACGUCGGUCUGCACACCAUGAGGUAUUUGCAUCGGGCUGGUGCCACGUGCAUCGGAGUGGUGGAGCACGACGGAGCUAUUUACAAUCCUCAUGGUAUCGACCCGAAAGAACUUGAGAAUUACCACAUCGAGAAUAAGAGUAUCGUCGGCUUUCCCGCUGCCCAGGCAUGGGAAGGUGGUCAAGAUCUUAUAUACGAGAAAUGCGACAUUUUCAUACCUGCGGCGAUAGAGCAGGUUAUCACCAAGGACAAUGCUUCCAAGUUCCAAUGCAAGAUUAUUGCCGAAGCUGCUAAUGGACCAACGACUCCAGCAGCCGACAAAAUCUUGCUCGAGAAAAGCAUCCUCGUCAUCCCUGACAUGUACGUGAAUGCUGGUGGUGUGACCGUGUCCUAUUUCGAGUGGCUCAAGAAUUUGAACCAUGUCUCGUAUGGUAGACUGACAUUCAAGUACGAAAGAGAGUCCAAUUAUCAUCUUCUUGAAUCUGUUCAAGAAUCACUUGAGCGAAGGUUUGGUAGAGUUGGUGGCCGAAUCCCUGUUACUCCUUCUGAGGCCUUCAGCAAGCGUAUCGCGGGUGCUUCAGAAAAGGACAUCGUACACUCAGGAUUAGAUUACACAAUGGAGAGAUCAGCGAGAGCCAUUAUGGCCACGGCAAUGAAGUACAAUCUGGGAUUGGAUUUGCGAACAGCAGCGUACGUCAACUCGAUCGAGAAGAUCUACAACACGUAUCGACAAGCUGGCCUGACAUUUUCUUGAAUAGAAAAGAACCCCAGGUUCGCGAUUUGUUGACCCUUCCUCCAUGUUAGUGAGAGCAUUAUUGAACGACGGAAAAUGGCAACAAGGUGACAUUAGAUUUCGCAGCCUACGGAAAUUUUGGGUAUCCGCGGUAAUACUAAUAAAUUCAGCGAGUUCGCCUGUUUAAAAUAGAAAGACAAUAGGUUUUUUUUGGAAACUGUGUGCAAUUCUUUUAUUUUGUGGAUUGGAAUUUGAAGGAGAUAUUGUUUCUUCUGAUCGAUCGAUCGCUCGCGGUUUGGCCCGCAUCUUGCCGGUUUUUCCUCGGUGGUAAUUUGUGUUCGUUGGUGGGCCUGACUCUGCUCCGGGUUUACCGUCAGUAUUUGUUUCUUUAUUCCUUCCUGUGAGCUUUGUUUCCGGGAAGCACUCCUUUCCCGUUUGCUUUCUUUGACCUGGGAGAUGUACAAUAAAUAAUUCUUCAUCA